AUGGCCCCCCAAGACCGUCUCGCGCAGGUCAACGCCCACCUGAACUACCCUCAGGGCCUGUUUGCGGGUCAGACGGCCAUCAUCACCGGCGCGGGCCAAGGCAUUGGCGCCGAAGCGGCGCGGUUAUUUGCCAACGAGGGAGCGAAGGUCGUUGUGGCGGAUAUUGAUGAGAAAAAAGCAAACGACGUCGUCAACGCCAUCAACAGCGCUGGUCCAGGCCGCGCCAUCGCCGUCGUGGGCGACGUCACUGAUGCAAACUACAUUGAGAACCUGGUCAAGAAGGCCGCCGAGUUUGGCAAUGGCAAGAUCCAUAUCAUUGUCAACAAUGCGGGUUUUACGUGGGAUGGGGUCAUUCACAAGAUGAGUGACAAGCAAUGGGAGACUAUGCUGGCUGUCCACAACACCGCGCCCUUCAGACUCGUCAGGGCUGCGGCGCCUUACUUCCGCGUCAAGGACAAGGAGCCCCGAGUGAUCAUCAACAUCAGCAGCACCAGCGGCGUCCACGGAAAUGCCGGCCAAGUCAACUACUCCGUCGCCAAAGCCGGCGUCGUCGGACUAACCAAAACCAUCGCCAAAGAAUGGGGUCCCCAAUUCGGCGUGCGCGCCAACACCAUCGCCUUUGGCUACAUCACCACCCGCCUGACAGCCGCGAAAGAAGACGGCGCCUACUUCACCACCUCGGACGGCACCAAGGUCGCGCUGGGCAUCCCCCGGAAGGGCAAGACUGACAACAGCUACCAGGACGGCGCCGAGCCCUACGCGGAUAUCCCGCUGCGACGACCGGGCAGUGCCGAGGAGGCGGCGAGGGCGAUUGUGGGCGUCGCCAGUCCUUAUUUCUCGUAUGUGAAUGGGGAGACGAUCCGUGUGACGGGUGGGAGGAAUAUAUACCUGCAUGUGAAUUUGUUUGAUAGCAGUAUUCGUAUUUAUGGAUUGAAUAGGUACAUCCAAAAGAAACAAGUCUGA